CGACCCCGGGUUCCCGCGCCUGGGGCAGAUGGUUCUGGAGUACGAGCACCCCCUCAAGAAGCUGCUGGAGGAGUUCGGGCCCCACACCAAGGCCGUGAGCAGCGCCCUCCUGUCCCUGCGCUGCCUGUUCAUGAGGAGGAACCUCGACGCGGAGCAGUGGAGGAAGGAGCAGCUCCUGAGCCUGCUGGGGACAGCGGGGGACAUGCUGAGCCCUGCCACCUCCGACAGCAUGGCCUGCGAGUACCUGUCCCUGGAGGUGAUGGAGCGCUGGAUCGUCCUGGGGUUCCUGGUGUGCCCCCUCCCCGUUUUGGGGGUGCCCCUGUUCCUGGGGUGCCCCCUGACACGGCGGGGUGCCCACAGUGGGGUUCCUGGUGUGCCCCCUCCCCGUUUUGGGGGUGCCCCUGUUCCCGUGCCCACCCCUGACUCAUGGGUGCCCGCAGUGGGGUUCCUGGUGUGCCCGGGGGCGCUGGGGGGGUCCCCCCCGUGCCAGGAGCUGUGGCGCCGGGCCCUGCAGGGCUCCCUCUUCGUCACCCUGGUGCGGGACGAGGCCCUGCCCGUGCACAAG